UCUGCUGUUUUAGUGGAAUCAAUCAAAUUCAUUAUUACUAUAUAUUUUUGAAGACACUUUAAUUUGUGUGUGUCACUGCACCGUGUGAGUGUGGGUGUAUACAAAAACGUUCUUCUAUACAUAUAUUUCACUAACGGAUUUAUAAAUAUAGUAAUGGGUUCGGAACAUAAGUCACUCGUGUUUGAUGAUGUUUCUAAGCAUAACAAAAUGGACGACUGUUGGAUUAUCAUCUCUGGAAAGGUCUACAAUGUAACACCUUUUAUGGAGGAUCACCCUGGAGGCGGUGAAGUUAUGCGCAAAGCAACAGGCAAAGAUGCAACAAUUGAUUAUACAGAUGUUGGGCAUAGUGAUAAAGCCGGUGAAAUGAUGAAAAAAUAUUACGUUGGUGAUAUAGACCAAUCUACAAUCCCGGUGAAACGUUCAUUCUUUCAAUCUGCUACUCACAAACUCUACAAUUCAGAAAAGACUCGACAAUACAUCGUGAAGAUGUUCCAAGUUUUGGUGUCGUUCAUGAUAUUGGGCUUGGCGUUCACAGUCAAGGCCUACACGAAAGAGAAAUCCACUUGAACUCAUGUAUCUUCCUGUAGUUUGUUGUUAAGGAGUAUGUCUGGUCUCGGUUUGUGCACAUUAGAUCAGUCAACCAAAUUAUUUUGGGCUGCAACUCUUGCUUUUUACUAAUAGUUUCUUGCAAAAGAAUUGACCAAAUUUGCCUGGUU